AUGACGCGGCAGCCUCAAGGGCCGGCCGACGUCGCAGCUGCUAACCAGUUGCUGAACAGUCGUUUAGGAGGGCGGCGCCCAGCAUGGAUGACUACCGAUCGCGACAACGCGGACGAAUACACAACCCCUCGACAGGCUGGUAUGAAACGUUCCCGCCAGUCGAACUCGACAACCACGCCUCCGAACCUGCACGGAACCACCACGGCAUGUGCACCAGCACGAUCGAUGCACUCGCUUCCGCGACCUCCUCUCACGGUACCUAAUGUAUCCUCCAACGCUCUUCCCUCUCCCGCGCAAAGUGACGAACCUAGCCCGGCCUCUGGGGCGAACCCGUCCGACAGUCCAAAUUCGCCGCGACAAGUGCCAGUUCUAUCAAUCGAUACCCAGGCCGUACCACACGUCAUGGAGAGACCCCUACACGAUAUUGGCACCGGAUACUCAGUUCACAUACCAACAAACGGCGCCCCAGAUAGCUGCUUCGCAUCUGUCAACAGCAGCCGUACUCAGCGGGUCCCACAAAGCAACACUCGACAUGUCUCUCAUGAAUCCUCGCCAACUGCAUCUAUUCGUAACUCGUCGGAUUUGCGAUCCCAAUAUCAUCAAAAUGGACUCAGCAAUAAUGUACCUGGUAUUCCUGCAACCUCAGGUGCCAGUACAUUGCAUACUCAACCUACUCUCGGACCUAACACUCCGGCCCAGUCUCCUCAGUCCGCACACGUUUCAGUGCAGCCCGGAUCCCAUAAUGCAAAAAGACAGCGGCUUGACACGCCAUUCGCAACCUGGGCAACUCUGCUCACAAACUACCGUGACGGCAUGACCCCUCACAACGCGAACCCAAACAGCAUUGACCGUCAAAGGCUGCACUUGCUGGAACAAGCUUGUCGUACACACGACUAUGUUUAUCUGCAGAUUCACCAGGUUUACUGCAGAUGGUUCUGCGAUCCAUCCGUGGUGUACACGGCUAUGUCUGCAAUCGACAAGAAAACCAUUGACAGGGCAUUCAGAGCUGCGUGUGACAUCCUGGCGUCUAACCAGUUUGUCUCACGACCAGCACUUAACUUCUUCAUCAACUUCCCGCUGGAUGUUCUACCCAACAGCCAGGAAGCUCUAGGCCCAUGCCUCACUCGCUUGGCUUGCAACUGGGAUGCUAUGAUGAACUUGAUCGUACAACGGAGGCGGCCGCCGCUUGUCAACGAACUAAUCUACGUCUUGGGCUGUAAUUCGCCCGGACUUCAGUCUUUAGUCUUCGUGCGUGCGAGGAGAAGUUUGCAAGUCAUGGACAAUGGACCUCACGUACAGGAGAUUGAGGCUCUGUUUGCCCACGACCAGCAAGCUGCCAACGCGGCAUAUAUGAAGCGGCUGACGCAGCACAUGCAGCAGAGAACGCCAUCAGACUGGCAACUAUUUGAGGAUGAGAAUAGGGCGCUUGUGGAGAGAUAUGUUCAACUGGUAAUGGCUGCAAAUUUGCCUGCGCCUGCGGCAUCUGGUGCAACCCGGUCGUCUCUGUCUUUCGUGCAACAAGCUGCAUCAUUCACCCCUCAGCCUUUGUCGUCCACGGCGCAACCGACACCGUUGCCUGCACUAGUCAGUCAAGGCCCCGUUGCACCAACUCAGCAGCAGCCUAUACUAUCCUCCCCCAUAAUACAGGAAAAUUACGCAGCUAUCCGUGCAAACAAUCCGAUAUACCCUUCCAACACACCCAAUCGAAUAUAUACCCGAGGCCCUAGCGGUUUAUUGUUGCAGAAUCAAGCACAUGAACAAUCAUUGCCAUUUGGGCAGCAACCUGCGAGCAACGCAUCGCACUACUUGCACCAAGGAACGGACCAACCCUACCAUCGAGGGAACCAGUAUGCUCAGCACCUUAACGAGGUCACUCUGGGCUACUCGCAGCACCCCAACCCACAGUGGCAAUAUCCGCAACAACCUCAGGCGCAGACUUUGGUUGCGUCUGGUGUUGCUACGCCUCCUCCCGGUCCUUUUCCGAUCCAGCCCAGUAUGAUACGGCCGAAUCCACAAAUCCGUCAUCGCAACAGCCAGAGCGUAAAUUCUGUGUCAUUUUUCCCACCAAGAAGAGACGUCAUUCCCACGAGACACCACGCCAGAGCCCCCAACGACGUGGUGGCCUACAGUCUCGGUUUACAUCAGAUGAACUUGCGAAGUCCUAUAAGGCAUGUUCGAGCGCUUUCUAAGCCGCAAAAUGCAGACGAGCAAAAGUAUUUUCAGUUCGUCAGCGGCUUCGCCGUGCCGCCGUCCGACAUUUCACCAUCGACGAAAGCAUACGACUUCAGCUUUAAUGUUGACGAUAUUAAUUUGCUCUCCAGAAGUGAUAUGUGCCCCAGCGACAUUCCCCAACUCCCGGUGGCGGAGCAUUUUGAGGGCUCAGUUCGCUUGCGUCUGCGUUGCUGCCGGAUCAAGGAGUCGGCGGGCACGCCGACUGAGCCAGACUGGGUUACUUUCGCUACGUCAUGGCCUCGACAUAUCUUUAUCUCCCUCUUUGCCGACGAGGGAAGAACGAGGAAGGGCGUGAAACCAAGACGAGCGCCUCAAAACUCUAAAGACCUCCCCGCAGAGAUUACAGACAUGGUUUCAGAAGGGAUAAACAAGCUUACUGUUAGCGUCGAUUACCAACAUAAAGAUCCUGGGUAUCGACAGUUUCUGGCCGUGGAGUGGAUAGAGACACGCAGUUUCUCUAGAAUAAUCGCCGACGUUUAUGCGAAUCAAGUCCUUGACCGUAAAGCUACGCUUGAAGACAUACAACGCAAGGCAGGAUGGUCAAGCACCGAGCAUGAUGACGACGUCCAGAUGGAAGUCAGGGCAGAAUAUACGGUGGAUUUGACGUGUCCCUUCAUGGCAACUAUCUGGGAAACCCCAGUACGUGGCGCGAAUUGCGUUCAUGUUCAAUGUUUUGAUCUCAAAACUUGGCUGAAAUCCCGCACGCAGAUUCACAGUCAUCCUCAGUGCCAAACUCAUGCUCAUCCUUGCGACUGUUUCAGUCCUAAGCUUUCAAUAGUCGAUCAUUGGAAAUGUCCCAUCUGCAACGGAGACGCCAGGCCGCAGAGUUUACGAAUCGAUGAGUUCCUGGUAGAGGUACGCCGUAAAAUCGAAUCUGAAGGUAACCUUCACAACACCAAGACCUUAGUUAUAUUUCCGGAUAACUCUUGGAAGCCAAUAACGGAAGACGACGAUGACGACGAGGAAGAUGAAGUGGAGCUUGUCGGCAAGCGCGAGGCAGUUAAUGGCACGGGGGCUGGCGCAACGAACGUGCCAGUCCCGAAUGCAAACAGACGACAUUCGACGCCUCACGGGUCGCGCAGGUCGCACCACGAAGUAAUAGAUCUCCUCGAUGAAGAUUAG